CACGAAGACAUUUUGAGCCUCUGCACUUCCUGACCUGGGCUGAUUUCACGUGUCUGCGUCUGCCUUGGCUGCUCUGGAAACACCACGCCAGUCUGAUGUGGUGGAGAGGAGCAGCAGGAGGAGGAACACGAGGAUGAGGCUGGAGCAGUGCCUGCCCCUCCUGGGGCUCCUCCUGUGUGCAGUUGGCACCACAGCUCAGCAGGGUGAAGAACUGGAGGGGGAAUUCCUGGUGGAGAUUUCUGGCACCACGGUGACCAUCACGUGUCCCUUGGAGGACGAGGACAUCCGGUGGGACCUGUUUGGGAAAACCCAGGACACCAAGGAGAGGAAGUUCAUUAUAAAGGACCAUGACAGCACUCCUGCCAACCUCAGCUGUUCCUUGGGUAACAAGAAGCAUCAGCUGUACCUGAACGCCAAAGUGUGUGCCACCUGUGAGGAGCUGGAUGCCCUGACUGUGGCAGGGAUCAUCACUGCAGACCUCCUCAUCACCCUGGGCGUGCUGAUCCUGGUCUAUUACUUCAGCAAAGGCAGGAAGGGACGAGCCAGCACUGCUGGGGACAGUCGGCCACGAGGUCAGAAGAUGCAGCGGCCUCCCCCUGUCCCGAACCCGGACUAUGAGCCCAUCCGGAAGGGCCAGCGGGAGGUGUACGCAGGCCUGGCACCCAGGGGCCUCUGAACCUCCUGUGAUGGCAGCCUGGCACCAGCAGCUCUGCGGGAAACGCUUCUGCCCAGCUUGUUCCCAGCUCCCUGCAGCUCUGCUGAGCCUCUGGCAUUUUGGGCUCAGCCAGGUGGCCACAGGACAGGGAUGUGCUGUCCCAGCCCGGGGUGUGCUUGGGUGUGCCAGCCCAGAACAGAAAUGAGAACAUUGGCAAGAGAUUUCCUUCUCAUUAAAGGCCUGCAGCCUCA